GCCAUGUCCCGCCGGGGGCCCGCGCAGGUGUCGGGCAGCCUGCGGCAGAAGGCAGCACCGGGCACGGCCCCGGCGGAGCUGCAGGAGCUGCGGAGCCGCACGGAGCGCGCGGAGCGGCGGCUGCUGGCCUGCGAGAACCUGGUGGGAGAGCUGGGCAGCGGCCUGGCCUCCCUGGGCACCCUCCUGCAGGGCUACGGGCAGCUGCAGCAGCGCCUGCUCAACCUGGAGAACCUCCUCAAGAACAGGAACUUUUGGAUCCUGCGCCUGCCCCCCAGCUCCAGCGGGGAGAUCCCCAAGGUGCCGCUCACCUUCGAUGAGAUCUCGGUGUAUUUCAACGAGCUGGAGUGGGAGAGGCUGGAGCGCUGGCAGAAGGAUCUGUACAGGGCCGUGAUGAGGGGCAACUACGAGACCUUGGUGUCCCUGGACUACGCCGUGUCCAAGCCCGACAUCCUGUCCCAGAUGGAGAGGGAUGAAGAGCUCAGUGACAAAGAGGGCCAGGAGCCCCCAUGGACACAGACUGGGGAUGGUCAGGAGCCCCUCCGGGCAGCAGAAGAGAGGGACAAGGCAGACGAGGCUCCAGGAGAUGAAACCCCCAUGGAAGCUGCCCCAGACGGUGCCGAGUCCACACCCAACGGCCGGACACGCAUUGAGAGGGAUGAAGAGCCCAGCAACGAAAAGGGUCCUGAGCCCCCAUGGACACAGAAUGGGGACAGCCAGAAAACCCCACAGAUACAGAAUGGGGACAGCCAGGACCCCCCAGAGACACAGACUGGGAACAGCCCAAAAUCCCCACGGACACGGAGUGCGAACAGCCAGAAAACCCCACAGACACAGACUGGGGACAGCCCAAAAUCCUCAUGGACAUGGAGUGGGAACAGGAACAGCCCAAAGUCCCCAAGGACACCGAGUGGGAACAGCCCAGAAUCCCUAUGGACACGAAGUGGGAACAGCCCAAAGUCCCCAAGGACAGAGAGGGGGAACAGCCCAAAACCCCCACAGACGCAGACUGGGAACAGCCCCAAGUCCCCACAGGCACACACUGGGGACAGCCAGACACUGCUUCAGACACAGACUGGGGACAGUCAGAACCCCCUCCAGACAGGUGUCCCCAACAAUCAGAAGCCCCCAGUGACACCAGAAGAGAUGGAGCAGCGGGAAGAGGCUUCGAGAGAGGAUCCUAUGCCCAUGGAAGUUGGCCCAGCAGAACUCCCCAUCCUGAUGAUGAAUGUGAUGUCCCUGGGGGACCAUCAGCCGGGGACGGCGGCAGAGGAGCACCCGGAGAUGGAGGAGGAUCUGGCAGAGCCUGACACUGAGGAAGCCUUUUCCAUGGAAGAUGAAACACCGUGCGAAGGGGCUUCUCUUGAGGACAUCAAGGUGAAGGAAGAGGAGCCUGAGCUGCUAGCAGAGGAAUCCACAGCCUCACCCGGCUCAGAGAUCCAGAAGUGUCCCAAAAACGAGCUGGUGAAAGCCAAGAUGAAGAAGAAGCCAAACCGCUGUGAGGCCAGCAACCUCCUGAUGGGCAACUGCCGGCGCGGGUACGUGCGGGAGUGGUCCCAUCCCUGCACGGAGUGCGGGAAGCGCUUCCGCCUCAAGAUCAACCUCAUCAUCCACCAGCGCAGCCACGCCAAGGAGGGGCCCUACGAGUGCCCCGUGUGCGACAUCGGCUUCAGCAACAAGCGGCACCUGGACCUUCACCGCAGCAUCCACGUCAAGGACAGAGCCUUGGGGGCCAAGGUCUGGGGCAACGUCCACCCCGAGCUGCGCGUCCGCCCGCGCAGGGUCCUGUGCGGUGGCCACAGGCCGGGCGGCGGCGGCCACGCCGGGGCGGCCUGGCCGGGCCAGCCCAAGGAGGAGCCGGACGGAGAGGGCCUGUCCGGCUCCGGGAUCGUGCAGCCCCCCAACUCCAGGCAGAAAUGCCCCCACUGCAAGAAGUUCCUGUCCCGCUCCACGUCGCUGCGGCGGCACCUCCAGACGCACGCGCGGGAGCGGCCCUACUGCUGCAGCUCCUGCAACAAGUGCUUCACGCGCAGCAAUCACCUCCUGCGCCACAAGAAGAUCCACGAGAGGGCUCUGGCCGCGCUCCAGCAGGAGGCCAGCGCCCAGGCCCCCGCUGCUAUCCCGGCGUCCCUGCAGCACCAAGCUCCCAAGGCUGAGAGGAGCCCUUCCCAAGAGAAUGGGCGCCCUGAGGCUGCAAAAGCGAGUCUGCCCAGCGUGCUGCUGUUGGGAGCGACGCCACUGGGGCUCCCGGGCAGAGGCUCCCCGCUCCCUGACUGCAUCAGGAAAGCUGUGCAGCCCGUGGUCCAGCUGGGAUCGAGGGCAGUGGCUUCGGAGAUGACAGAGAAAUGACAGAUGACAGACCCUGGGACAGAUGUGAACUGUGUGUGACCCUGAAGAGAAGCUGCGAGUUUGUUUGCGUUUGUCCCGCGAGUUUGGUGUCUCGUGGGACACCAAGAAUGGGAAUCUGCUGUGUUUUAGGUGUUUCCUGGGUUGUGGAAAGAAUGGGAAGCUUGGAGACCACAACAGAAAGCAAAUUGCAGAAGCCUCCAGUGAUGUAUAAUGCUUCACCAUUCCACUGACUUGUUCGAGUUGGCUGAUAGUUGGAAUUUUCCCAAGCUGACAUUCCUGGGAGAUGACCAGGUGAAUCCUGGUCAAACAGGAGCAGAGCUUUCGCAUUCUUUGAUGUUGGAGCUGAUCCCUUGCAUUCGGAAACACAACUGAAGAGGGCAGGGAGAAGGGAAUGAAGCUGGCAGCAUUCUCAAGCAGCCCUUUGCUCCAUGGACCAAGCUUCCUGACUGAGACACCAGAUGGAGAGUGACAUCUCUGAGACCCCACUGUGUCCUGGCCACCCUUGCCACCCCCACCCUGGGGCGGAGAUCAGCAACACUCCCUCCAGCAGCUUGGGAACACUGGAGUUUUGCACUGGAAGAUCCAUAGGACAAACCAAACCCCAAAAUUCUGUGCUGGCGUAUCCCAGGGAUCCCAGCAUCAGGGAGGCCACAAACGCCCUCAGGACCAUCCUGCGUGGGUGCAGAGUGAUUUUAGGAAUACUUGACGGGUCAGCCAGCCCCAUGCUGCAGCAGCACCCCAAUCCUCAUGGAUGUGCGUGCCCAGAGCAGCCCCUCAGCUCUGUGGGAAACUCCCACUCUCCCAACCACAGCUCGUCCCCUUUCGCCCAAAAUCCCACCAUAACAAAUCCUAUGGGAAAACAGUUCUGUAGCUACCUCAGUGAGGGAGAGGGGGACCUGCCCAGAGGCAGCCAGUGGGAGCCAGGCCUGGCACUGCCCCAGUGUCCCCGGGAGCCACCGGAGCAGUGUCCGUGCCCCACGUGCAUCCCACCCGCUGGGUGUGCACGAGGAGCACCUCCCGCCCGGAGCCAGCGCCACACGGACACGGUGGAGCAGCUGCUGGGGGCUCUUGCAUUUAGUUUUCCAGGUUUUAUUGGUUUGGGUUGCUCGAUGUAAUUAUUUGAUGUUCUGAGGUCUCUGUCCCUCUCUGAGCAGUGAGCACUGGUAGGCUUUUCCCAUCUUUUAUUCCGAGUCAUUCCCAAGGUGUGGUGAUGCUGCUGUGGGAAGCUUUGGGAGCUGAGGGAACGCCUGUGCCACAUCCAGGUGUGAUCCUCAGCCACCUCCUGCUCCAUGGAAUGGACAGCAGGGUCCGAGCUGCUCCACAGCAAUACACAUGACAUCCCACUGCUCCUCUGGGCUGGUGUCUCACGUUUCCUGCCCCUGGGAUUGCAUUGUGGAGCAUUCCAAGCCUGCAGCAGGAGACAGGAGGGGUGCCAGGGGCAGUUGGUGCCUUGUGGACACACGGCCAUGGAUCUGGCAGUGAGCCAGCUGUUGGUUAUCCCUGUUAUCCCUGCCCACGUAGAGAUCCCAAUGCUCCCCAGUUGAUCCCAGGGGCAUGGUUGAGCUUGUGUGUUGGUGGCUGAAUGCCCCCAGGCCAGCAGAAGGGGCCAGCAGCCCCAGCCUGGCAUUUCUAAAUCUGCUGUGACCAGGAGCGGCGUUUCCUGCGACAUUCCUGAUCCCUUUCUCAGGCUGUGGAAUCAAUAAACUAUUUGUCUCUA